CAAAAUGUUGUCUUUAUCGUCCUGGAGAUAGGACGCGUGACCAAAACCAAAGUCGGCCAUGAUGUCAGAUCAUGCAAGGUAGCAGAUAAAACGGGCAGCAUCACUAUUUCUGUGUGGGAUGAGAUUGGAGGUCUCAUACAGCCAGGGGAUAUUAUUUGGUUGACCCAAGGAUAUACAUCCAUGUGGAAAGGAUGCCUGAUACUUUAUACUGGAAGGGGUGGUGAACUUCAAAAAAUUGUAGAAUUUUGUAUGGUUUAUUCAGAAGUGCCAAAUUUCAGUGAGCCCAACCCAGAUUAUCGAGGACUGCAGAACAAAGGGGCACACAAUGAACAGAAGACUAAUUCCAUGGAUAGUAAUAUAGGUACAGGUACAUUUGUAUCAAUGGGAAAUAGCCUUCAAACUGGCCCUGAAUCAAGGGGAUACCAACUUUCAUAUGCUGGUAGAAGCAAUGUCCAGGGACCUAUCAAUACACAGCUACCAGGAGCUGCUAAUAAUCAAACAGUCAUGACCACAAUAAAUAAUGGCAGGGACCCUCGGAGAGCCUUAAAAAGAUGACCUAUGCCAAAUAGUCACAUGUAGUUUUUAAACUACGUGCCCUACUUGAACACUUAGUGCACUUUUAUUUAUUGUUAACUGUGAAAAAUAUGUCCUUUAUUAGUUUCCUUUUACGUUUUUGUUUUGUUAAGAAGAGUGUUUUUUUUUUUAUAGCAAAACUGUUAAGCUGCUCAAGUCUCCUGUUGAAUGGGAACACUGAA